UCAACAGCUGUGCCACUGUGCUGCUAUGUUACUAGCUCUGAUUUAUCCGAGUCUUUUCUGGCUUCCAGUUACCACACUAAACAAUCCAUUCCCUCUACCACCUGCUCCCAGGGGGCGACUGUAUGUACCAUCUACAAAAUGUUUUGAAGUUACUUAAGUGAGCCACUCUGACAGCACCAUCCAAAUGCACAACCUCUGCCAACAAAAUAAAAGGGUAUUUUAAGUAAUGGAUUUGCAGCAAGCAAACUCAGACCAAUCUUUGACUGUCAUUCAAGACAUUGGGACCUGAAGGUCAUAGUUUCUAUUUUAAAAGAAAAAAACAUUUCUGUAUUCCAUGAAAAAGAUAUUAAACCUGCCGGGCUGCUAAAGAUCCAAGACCAGAGUGUGCCAGCAUGGUGAUUGUGACUGCACCUCUAACCAUUUACACAGGCUGAAACGAAUAUUCACAGGAAAGACUCAAUACAUGUUCUGUGUGGGGACAAAGUCUCAUAUGAUCAGAGAGUCUGCAUGACAAUCAGCCCAUGGAGAAUCCAUGUAAAUGUGUGGACUGUGGGAAAGGAUUCAAUUACCCUUCCCAACUCGAAACCCAUCAGCGCACACACACCAAGGAGAGGCCAUUCAUCUGUUUCAUGUGCGGGAAGGGAUUCACUCGCUCGUCCCACCUGCUAGCACACCAGCGCAUUCACACCGGGGAGAGGCCUUACACCUGCACCGUGUGUGGGAAGGGAUUCACUGAAUCAUCCAAGCUGAAGGCGCAUCACCAGGUCCACACUGAUAAAAGGACAUUCAAUUGCUCCAAUUGUGAAAAGAGUUUCAAAAGCUCACAGUACCUGCGACGACAUCAACAGAUUCACACCACGGAGAGGCCCUUCACCUGUUCCGUGUGUGGGAAAGGUUUCACCCACUCAUCCAAACUUCUGGUGCACGAGCGAGUCCACACGGGUGAAUGGCCGUUCGCCUGCUCCGUGUGCGGGAAGGGUUUCAACCAGUCGUCUGACCUGCUGACGCACCAGCGUGUUCACACCGGGGAGAGGCCUUUCACUUGCUCUGUGUGCGGGAAAGGAUUCACUCGCUCAUUCAACCUCCUGGUGCAUGAGCGGGUUCACACCGGCAAAAGACCGUUCCCUUGUUCAGUUUGCGGGAAGGGGUUCACUCAGUCCUCCCAUCUGCUGAUCCACCAGCGGGUCCACACCGGUGAGCGGCCAUUUUCCUGCUCCGUGUGUGGGAAGGGAUUCACUUGUUCAUCUAGUCUCCUGGUGCACCGACGAGUCCACACAGGAGAGAGACCGUACUCGUGCUCUGUAUGUGGGAAAGGAUUCACUUCUUCGUCGAGCCUUUUGGUGCACCGCCGAGUUCACAGCGGGGAGAGGCCAUUCCCCUGCUCCAUCUGUAGGAAGGGAUUUACUCAGUUGUCCAAUUUACAGUCACACCAAAGGGUUCACAAGUGAUUUUAUUCUAAUGCAAUCAUGGCAGUCAAUCACAUCCACAGAUGACCCAUGAUGUUCCUGAGAGACAAGCUUUGAUUCUGUUGAUUUUACGCAACUCCAGGUUGGGGUAGAGGAUUUAUUAAAUACUGCACAGGUAUUAAAACAUUUUUUUCUUUUAA